UAAUAGCUGGUUUUCGAGGGACAGUCCCACAUGGCCUAUCACUGGAGAUUGGCGACACCGUUCAAAUAUUAGAGAAAUGUGAUGGAUGGUACAGAGGAUUUGCCUUAAAAAACCCCAAUUCUAAGGGUAUAUUUCCAUCUAGCUACAUUCACUUGAAAAAUGCGUGUGUCAAGAACAAAGGACAAUUUGAAAUGGUUAUUCCCACAGAAGAUUCUGUUAUUACAGAAAUGACGACAACUUUAAGAGACUGGGGAACAAUGUGGAAACAACUUUAUGUGAGAAACGAGGGAGAUCUCUUUCACCGACUGUGGCACAUAAUGAACGAAAUCCUGGACCUGCGACGGCAGGUCCUGGUUGGGCACCUCACCCACGACCGCAUGAAGGAUGUGAAGCGACACAUCACCGCUCGCCUCGACUGGGGCAACGAACAACUAGGACUUGACUUAGUUCCAAGAAAAGAAUAUGCUAUGGUGGAUCCUGAAGAGAUCAGCAUUACAGAGCUCUAUAGACUGAUGGAGCAUCGUCAUCGAAAGAAAGAUACACCAGUGCCAGCCAGUAGCCAUCAUCUUUUUGUGCAGAUGAAGAGUCUUAUGUGCUCCAAUCUGGGAGAGGAACUGGAAGUAAUCUUCUCACUCUUUGAUAGUAAAGAAAAUCGCCCAAUCAGUGAAAGAUUUUUUUUAAGACUGAACAGGAAUGGUUUGCCAAAGUGUCCAGAAAAGCCUGAAAGACACUGUUCUCUCUUUGUGGAUUUGGGUAGCAGUGAACUCAGGAAGGACAUCUACAUCACUGUGCACAUUAUCCGAAUAGGUCGAAUGGGAGCUGGAGAAAAGAAAAAUGCUUGCAACGUCCAGUACAGACGGCCCUUUGGCUGCGCUGUCCUCAGUAUUGCAGAUUUGCUGGCAGGAGAUUCAAAGGAUGAUCUCGUCUUAAAAGUAUACAUGUGCAACACAGAGAGUGACUGGUAUCAGAUCCAUGAAAACAUCAUAAAAAAGCUAAACGCACGUUACAACUUGACAGGCUCUAAUGCAGGUCUGGCGGUUUCUCUUCAGUUGCUUCAUGGAGACAUAGAGCAAAUUAGGAGAGAGUACACAUCUAUGUUUACCCAUGGUGUAUCCAUAACAAGGAAACUAGGCUUUUCCAAUAUUAUCAUGCCUGGUGAAAUGAGGAAUGAUUUAUAUAUCACUGUAGAAAGAGGAGAAUUUGAGAAAGGAGGAAAAAGUGUAGCAAGAAACGUGGAAGUGACAAUGCAUGUUGUGGACAGCAGUGGUCAAAUUUUAAAGGAUUUUAUCUCCUUUGGCUCAGGAGAGCCCCCAGCCAGCGAGUACCAUUCCUUUGUGCUGUAUCACAACAACGGCCCCCGAUGGGCCGAGCUGCUGAAGCUCCCUAUCCCGGUGGACAAGUUCCGAGGGGCGCACAUCCGCUGCGAGUUCCGGCACUGCUCCACAAAAGAAAAGGGUGAGAAGAAGUUGUUUGGCUUUUCUUUCGUGCCCCUGAUGCAGGAAAAUGGGAGGACGCUGCCAGAUGGCACCCAUGAACUCAUUGUGCACAAGUGUGAAGAAAACACAAACCUUCAGGAUUCUAGUCGCUACCUCAAGCUUCCCUUUUCAAAGGGAAUUUUCCUAGGACACAACAGCCAAGCAGUAAAAACCACUAAAGAGUCCUUCUGGAUUACGUCCUUUCUCUGCUCCACCAAACUCACACAAAAUGGAGAUAUGCUUGACCUUCUGAAAUGGAGAACCCACCCAGACAAAAUUGCAGGUUGCCUCUCAAAACUGAAAGAAAUUGAUGGUUCAGAAAUAGUGAAGUUUCUUCAAGAUACAUUAGAUACUUUAUUUGGGAUUUUAGAUGAAAAUUCUCAAAAAUAUGGAUCAAAAGUAUUUGAUUGUUUGGUUCACAUAAUAAAUUUGCUGCAGGACAGCAAGUUUCACCAUUUUAAACCAGUAAUGGACACUUACAUUGAAAGUCACUUUGCAGGUGCACUUGCAUACAGAGAUCUUAUAAAAGUCCUUAAGUGGCAUAUUGAUCGGGUCACUGAAGUGGAGCUCCAAGAACACAUACAGGAAGUACUAAAGGCCCAGGAGUACAUAUUUAAAUACAUAGUUCAGUCUCGAAGGUUAUUCUCUAUUGCCACUGGUGGACAAAAUGAGGAGGAAUUCCGCUGCUGCAUCCAAGAGCUGCUUAUGUCCGUGCGCUUCUUCCUCUCCCAGGAAAGCAAAGGGGCUAGUGCUUUAUCCCAACUGCAAGCUGUAUUUCUCAGCUCAUUCCCAUCUGUGUACUCUGAACUUUUGAAGCUCUUUGAUGCUGUGAAGCUUCAGAGCAUUGGGAAAACAGUGGAGAGCCACUUAUACACUAACCCAGAUUCUCGAUAUAUCCUUCUUCCAGUAGUUUUACAUCAUCUCCACAUGCAUUUACAAGAGCAGAAGGACCUUAUAAUGUGCGCACGUAUCCUUAGCAACAUAUUUUGCCUCAUCAAGAAGAACAGCUCGGAAAAAUCUGUCCUGGAAGAAAUAGAUGUGAUUGUAAACAGCCUGCUGGAUAUUUUGCUGAGGACCAUACUCGAGAUCACCAGCCGACCUCAACCAUCAGGUUCUGCUCUGCGCCUCCAGUUUCAAGAUGUGACUGGGGAGUUUGUCUCCUGUUUGCUGUCACUGUUACGGCAAAUGACGGAUAGACAUUACCAACAGCUUCUUGACAGCUUCAGCACAAAGGAAGAUCUGAGGGAUUUCCUGCUUCAGAUUUUCACUGUAUUUCGGAUACUGAUACGACCAGAGAUGUUUCCAAAAGACUGGACAGUGAUGCGUUUGGUGGCAAACAAUGUUAUCAUUACAACAGUCUUGUACCUUUCAGAUGCCCUUCGCAAAAACUUCUUAAAUGAGAACUUUGAUUACAAGAUAUGGGAUUCCUACUUUUUUCUUGCUGUCAUUUUUAUAAACCAGUUAUGUCUGCAACUGGAGAUGUUCACACCUUCCAAGAAAAAAAAGGUUUUGGAAAAAUAUGGUGAUAUGCGGGUAACAAUGGGAUGUGAAAUCUUCAGCAUGUGGCAAAAUCUAGGAGAGCACAAGCUUCAUUUUAUCCCAGCACUGAUUGGCCCCUUCCUAGAAGUGACCUUGAUCCCUCAGCCAGACCUGCGGAAUGUCAUGAUUCCCAUUUUCCAUGACAUGAUGGACUGGGAGCAAAGGCGAAGUGGCAACUUUAAGCAGGUGGAAGCAAAACUGAUUGACAAACUGGACAGCCUAAUGUCAGAAGGUAAAGGUGAUGAAACGUACAGAGAGCUCUUCAACAGUAUAAUUCCACUUUUUGGUCCUUAUCCUAGUCUACUGAAGAAAAUUGAGCGGGAAACAUGGAGAGAAAGUGGCGUUUCAUUGAUCGCCACUGUGACUCGCCUGAUGGAAAGGUUACUGGACUACAGGGACUGCAUGAAAAUGGGAGAAGUGGAUGGUAAAAAGAUUGGCUGCACCGUUAGCCUUUUGAACUUUUACAAGACUGAACUGAACAAAGAAGAGAUGUAUAUUCGCUAUAUUCAUAAGCUCUAUGACCUGCAUUUGAAAGCACAAAACUUUACAGAGGCUGCCUACACGCUGUUGCUCUACGACGAGCUGUUGGAAUGGUCCGAUCGGCCUCUGAGGGAAUUCCUGAACUAUCCCAUGCAGACGGAGUGGCAGCGUAAGGAGUAUCUCCAUCUGACCAUCAUUCAAAAUUUUGACAGGGGAAAGUGUUGGGAAAACGGCAUUAUUUUAUGCAGGAAAAUUGCUGAACAAUAUGAGGGCUACUAUGACUACAGAAACCUCAGCAAGAUGAGGAUGAUGGAAGCCUCUUUGUAUGAUAAAAUUAUGGAUCAACAGCGUUUGGAACCAGAGUUCUUCAGAGUUGGAUUUUAUGGGAAAAAGUUUCCAUUUUUCUUGAGAAAUAAGGAGUUUGUUUGCCGAGGACAUGACUACGAGAGGCUGGAGGCCUUCCAGCAGCGCAUGUUGAAUGAGUUCCCACACGCCAUUGCUAUGCAACAUGCUAAUCAGCCCGACGAGACCAUCUUUCAGGCAGAAGCACAAUAUUUGCAGAUUUAUGCAGUGACACCAAUUCCUGAAAACCAGGAAGUCCUGCAGAGAGAUGGCAUUCCAGAUAACAUCAAGAGCUUCUACAAAGUGAAUCAUAUUUGGAGAUUCCGAUACGACAGGCCAUUUCACAAAGGCACCAAGGACAAGGAGAAUGAGUUCAAGAGUCUGUGGGUGGAGAGAACUACCUUGAUCUUGGUGCAGAGUUUACCGGGAAUAUCUCGUUGGUUUGAAGUGGAAAAACGUGAAGUAGUAGAAAUGAGUCCUCUUGAGAAUGCUAUUGAAGUCUUAGAAAAUAAGAACCAGCAGCUGAGGACACUGAUUAGUCAAUGUCAAACUCGACAGAUGCAAAAUAUUAACCCUCUCACAAUGUGUCUAAAUGGAGUAAUUGAUGCAGCAGUUAAUGGUGGAGUUGCUAGAUACCAAGAGGCAUUCUUUAUCAAAGAGUACAUCUUGAACCAUCCAGAGGAUGGAGAGAAGAUCACGCGCUUGAGGGAGCUGAUGCUUGAGCAGGCUCAGAUUCUAGAAUUUGGCCUCGCAGUGCAUGAGAAGUUUGUGCCUCAGGAUAUGAGGCCGUUGCACAAAAAACUAGUGGAUCAGUUCUUCGUGAUGAAGUCAAGUUUGGGAAUACAGGAAUUUUCUGCCUGUGUACAAGCCAGCCCCAUUCAUUUCCCAAAUGGAAGCCCUCGCGUAUGCCGAAAUUCAGUACCUGUUUCUAUGAGCCCUGAUGGUGCCAGGGUAAUACCUCGACGCAGUCCCUUGAGCUACCCCGCUGUCAAUCGGUAUUCAUCCUCCUCGCUGUCCUCCCAAGCCUCUGCUGAAGUCAGCAAUAUCACCGGGCAAUCGGAAAGCUCUGACGAAGUUUUUAACAUGCAGCCUAGUCCGUCUACCUCAAGUUUGAGUUCUGCUCACUCUGCUUCACCCAAUGUGACCAGCUCUGCUCCAUCCAGUGCCAGAGCCUCGCCUCUGUUGUCUGACAAACACAAGCAUUCCCGAGAAAACUCCUGCCUGUCCCCCAGGGAGAGGCCCUGCAGUGCCAUCUACCCAACUCCUUCCGAAGCCUCGCAGACUGCAAACUCUUGCUUUGCCAAGUGGAAUGCGACUUCUCUCCCCCACUCUACCAGAGAUCCUAUAAGGGAGGCUGAGGAGCCCGUAGGCCCAGUCUCCGGUCUCUCAGAGACUCGCCUGGCAGCAAAAUCUCCCAAUCUGUCUCUACCCUCAGUGUCCCAAGAGAGGAGAAUGCUGUUUAAUCACAUUGGAGAUGGUGCCCUGCCACGAAGCGAUUCCAACUUGUCUGGCCCUGACAAGGCUGUCAACACCACUCCCAGCAGCUGGAGCCUGGACAGUGGGAAAGAAGCCAGGAACACAUCAGAAAGUGGAAAGCUCAUAUCUCCCCCUGUGCCACCGAGACCUGCACAGACUGCAUCACCAGCAAGACACAUAGCCUCCAUUUCCCCUUCUCCUGCUGGCAGAUCUCCAAUGAAGGGCUCUGUGCAGUCGUUCACUCCAUCUCCUGUCGAAUAUCACUCCUCGGGGCUCGUAUCCCACUCCCCGGCGCUGUCGGGCAGUUACAGCAGCGGCAUCUCCUCGCUUAGCCGCUGCAGCACGUCGGAAACGUCGGGCUUCGAGAGCCAAGGCAGCGAGCAGGCGGGCACUGCGCCCAACCACAGCGCCGCCGAGGAGCCCGUGAGGAAGGAGAGCCGCCUUGGCAGCUCGGCCAGGGCAGGGGCAUCAGCGGAGCAACGCCGAGAGGAACAGGGCUCCCCAGGGCUGCGCUGCCCAAACGUGGCCCAGGUGGCUCCUGGCUGCGCCGCCAGCCCCGCACACCCCGAGGGCAGACGGUUUUACGGUACCGCUCUGCCUUCCUGCGCGCUCAGCAGUGCUGACGAGCUGCAGCGCAUGGGGCGGCUGCUGGCUGCGACUCCUCUCAGCGGAGCCCAGGGAGAGGACGGGCAGGAACAGCCACAGACGGGCACCCCGGCAGCUCUGUCCGAGCAAGAGGGAGACUUCGUGACUAUGGGGGUGGUGCUGGAGCAGGUUGUUCUGAGAGGCUGCAGAGACUCCGUCCUUGGAGAUGUUCUAACGCCACCGGGACACGACCCUGUGCCCUGUGCUCUGGGUUUGGUGCCUACCUGGCUUGCUCACAGCAUGACCACUGGCCUUCAGGAAUCUCACACCUUCUCUCAGAUCUUCCUGUCUAACAGGGAUAUGAAAAAUGUAGGUAUGGGUGGUACCUACUCAGAGUGA